UUUGAUCGUUAUUUUUGGUUAUAUUCCUAAAGAAACCCAGUCCACCACGCAGUUAACAAGUCAUAAGCUCCUCACAAAAAGAGGCAAAACUUGCACACUCGAUCUCUCUCAGACAAUUAACCAACGACGCAAAACCAAACCAUGUCCUCCACUAAUUACGACCCAUUUCAUGCCUUGGAUAAUCACGAUCAAGGUCCCCCGCCCUUGCUCAAUCCUGACAACAGGUAUCGUUUGAAUGGCAAGAUGAUGAUCACGGCCAUCGUCUCGUUGUCGGUGGUGAUCGUAUUGGUUAUUGCUUUACACAUAUAUGCAAGGUGUGUCCUUCGCCGCCAGGCUCGUCACCAAGAUGCUCUACUUCAACUGGGCUUAAGCGUCGCUCGUGCCCGCUCUGGUGAGCAGCAACCCAGGCGCGGGCUUGAUCCGGCGGUCAUCGCGUCGUUACCGGUGUUUGUUUUCAAGCAAAGGGAUGUCGAGGUAAUUGAUACGUCGUCGACUGCGAUGGAGUGCGCGGUGUGUCUAAGCACGUUGGAGAGUGAAGACAUGGCUAGGUUGCUUCCAAACUGUAAGCACAUUUUCCAUGCGGAAUGCAUAGAUAAGUGGUUGAGUUCACACUCUACAUGUCCUAUUUGUCGAUGCGAGGCCAUGCCGGAGGUUCAUCCCGAGUCCCGUGAGGCUCCGGCAGGUCUGGCUGGCCUAGAAACUGCAUCACCCACGGCUCCACCUUCAGGGUUUGCGAAUUCUGGAUUGUCAUCACGCAUGGCAGCUGGGACAUCAGAUGGUGCUGGCCAAUCCUCAGAUCAAAAGAUCAUCGGUGGUUCAACCUCAUCACGAUUAAAUUCUUUCAAAAGGAUCCUAAGUAGGGAUAGAUCAUCUGCAAGAAUUCAUUCUAGUGGUAUUGAUCAAGACGAUGAUAGUACUGUAGUAGAUUUAGAGAUCAGGCAGUGACUGAUUAUUUUAAGGUAAUUAUAGGGCGAUUUUAUUUUA